AAAAAAACAGAAAUUAUAAGCGAAACUCAAACAGCACAGGUCAUAACCCUAAUUCGUCUUUCUCCUUUUUCCCUUCGUCCCCCGUUUUUUUUUCUCUCUCUCCCUUCGAAAUCGCAUAAAAAUGGCCGAUUCUCAGCGCAAGAGGUACUCUAGGUCUCCAUCACCUAUGAAAGAAAGAUCUAGGUCCCACUCUAGGUCUAGAUCACGGUCCAGAUCUAUGUCUCCUCCUAGAUAUCGGUCUCGUUCUCGUUCCAGAUCAAGGUCUGCAAGCCGUGGCAGGAUUGAGACGAAUCCUGGAAAUACACUUUUUGUGACUGGUCUUUCCUCUAGAGUCACUCAAAGAGAACUUGAGGACUUCUUUUCCAAGGAGGGAAAGGUAAGCUCAGUGUUUUUGGUUAUGGAGCCACGUACACGCAUAUCACGAGGAUUUGCUUUUGUGACUAUGGCUUCUCUUGAAGAUGCUGACCGUUGCAUCAAGUACCUCAAUCAAUCUGUUCUCGAGGGUCGCUACAUCACUGUUGAGAAGUCAAGGAGGAAACGACCAAGGACACCUACCCCUGGACAGUAUCUUGGCUUGGGCCAUCGCCGCAAAUACCGAGGUGGGUAUGGUCGUGAAGACUAUGAUCAUAGGAGGUCACCAAGACGUUCACCUUAUCGUGGUAGCCGAGGCUAUUCUCCUCCUCGUCGUUCUCCUUAUGCUGAAAGGUCAAGGAGGUACAGAUCAAGGUCAUACUCUCCUUAUGGAAGCCCUAACAGAGGAGGAUAUGGGCGUCGAUCUGGUGCCUAUGGCAGAUAAGAAAAUAGUUGUAAGCAAUCUGGGGAUGAAUGGGACUAUAAUACUAUCUUGUGGAACUAUGCUGUAUCUAGAAUUGUGUAUGUGGAAUGUUAGUGCCUUUGUUAGUUCUAGUUGUUCAACCCUGUUGUGGUUGUUCCGACUUCAUUGGCAAAGCAUGAUCUUUAUUAUGAUCGUUUGCAGAUUGCAAUAUACGACUUAAGUAUUAACAGAGCCAUGUAUCUGUGUCUCGGUGAAAUCAAGACCUUGACUCUAGUAUUUUCGUGUUU